CAUGCCCUUCCAUUUCUCCCCAUCUCCCAUUUUUCAAACUCUGAGUUUUCUUCGCAUUGAGAAAAGAAGGGCGAAACAUCAGAAACCCUUCCCAGUUUUCCUCCGCCGGAAAGGCGGCCGAGAUAUCUCACACCCACCCAAAAUCCCCAUAAAAACACAAAUCCAAACCCCAAUCAAUGACCAAUCCCACCACCAAGGCCAACGCCACCUCGGCCUGCGCCGCAUGUAAAUACCAACGGAGGAAGUGCGCCCCGGACUGCAUUCUCGCCCCUUACUUCCCCAACGAUCGCCAACGCCAGUUCCUCAACGCCCAUAAAUUGUUCGGCGUCAGCAACAUCACCAAGAUCAUCCGUAGCCUUGACCCUCCCCAGAAAGACCAAGCCAUGCGCACCAUUGUCUUCCAAUCGGACGUUCGCGCCAAUGAUCCUGUAGGCGGAUGUUACAGGAUCAUUCGCGAACUCCAACGCCAGAUUGAAUACAACAGGGCCGAGCUAGUCCUGGUCCUUCAACAACUGGCCAUAUGUCGCGCUCAAAUUGCUGCUGCUGUCGCUCAGCAAUAUGAAAUCACGACGUUGCCUCAUGGCAUCGAGGAUUCAUCGACUGUUAAGUGCGAGGCAUAUAAUCCGAUGAGUAACGAUCGUAUUGAGGAACCGCAUGAGGAUGAAUACUUGUUGCACGAUGAGAAUCACAUCGGGCAAUUGCAAGACAUUGUUGCAUGGGCCAUGCAGGAUACCGCAUCGUCUUCCGUGCAUGACAAGCAAACUAAUUUGGUUAAAGAAUGUGAUGAUAUCAAGCCAACCGUUUUCGAUAUUGGUGAUCAUGAAAGACUCGAUCUCAAGUUCGAUUAUGAAAUUGAAAACAGCGACGAGGAUGUCUCGAAAGACGAGAAGGAGAUAGUGAAAGAUGAGAUUGUCUCUUUCAUUUUGAAUGACGACGACAAGGCCAGAUUGGAUGAGAGAAGCUGAUGAGCUAAAUCAAGAGCGCUUUUUUAUCCCUCUUGUAACAGUUAUGCUGUUUAAGAUUAGGGUUAUUGGAUCCUAUUUCACCACCGAUCCUUCGGCAAAUUCAUAAUCCAAAACAUAAUUAUAGAGAAUGUAAAUAACCUUUUUGUACAAGCAGGUUGCAGCCAUCCUACACAUUUUGAAUUUUUGGUACUUUUCGAUGUAAUUUCUCUGGGUACACAACAAUUUUGUGUCUAUUGCAAACUAGUAGGAAAGGAAAGGAAUGCAUUUGUAAGAGCUAGGCACAAACGUUCUAUAUCU